GCAGGCGGCAGUGGCGGGGUCUAUGGCGUCGGUGCGGGCCACGAGCGGCGGUGGUGGGCGAGGGGCCCUGGCGGCGGCGGCGGCCUUGGCCGGCGAAGGGGAUCCCGGCGUCGUCGUCCUCGGGGGCCCGCCUUCCUCGUCCUCCUCCUCCUCGCAGUACGGCAACGGCCUCGCGGGUGGAGGAGGAGGAGGAGGCCCCGGCGGGGAGGCGGGCAGGGGGCGCCGCCAGGUCGAGGACGACGACGAGGACGAGGACGAGGAGCUGCUGCUCGAGGCCGGAGGAGGAGCAGGAGCCGGGGGAGCGGCAGGAGGACCAGGAGGAGCCGGAGGAGGAGGAGGAAGGGGCACCGGGCCCCGCGGAGCCCUCUCCGCCUCGCUGCCUUCCCGAGCCGGGCAGGCCGGGGCCCAUCUCCCGCACGCCGCUGAGGAGCUGGAGGAGGAGGCCGGCCUCGGGGAGAGCGACGCCGGGGACUCCGCCAUCGAAGACCCGGAGUUGGAAGCCAUUAAAGCUCGAGUACGUGAAAUGGAAGAAGAAGCGGAGAAGUUGAAAGAGUUGCAGAAUGAAGUUGAGAAACAAAUGAAUAUGAGCCCCCCACCUGGGAAUGCGGGCCCAGUCAUCAUGUCUUUAGAAGAAAAGAUGGAAGCUGAUGCCCGGUCUAUAUAUGUAGGCAACGUGGAUUAUGGGGCAACAGCAGAAGAGCUGGAGGCCCACUUCCAUGGGUGUGGCUCUGUCAACCGUGUGACCAUCCUCUGCGACAAGUAUACUGGGCAUCCCAAGGGGUUUGCCUAUAUUGAGUUUUCUGACAAGGAGUCGGUGCGGACAUCGUUAGCGUUAGAUGAGUCCCUCUUCAGGGGAAGACAGAUCAAGGUGAUUCCUAAACGGACCAACCGCCCUGGAAUCAGCACUACAGACCGGGGGUUCCCCCGGACCCGGUACCGAGGGAGAGGAUCCGGAUACAGCAGCUCCCGGGCCCGUUUCUACAGCGGCUUCAGCAGCAGGCCGCCCAGAGGGCGAGCUUACAGGGGCCGGGCCAGAGCGACCUCAUGGUAUUCCCCUUACUAAAAAAAAAAAAGUGGUGGUUUUAGGAAAGAGGAAAAAAAAAAGAGAAAAAAAAAUGAAGAUUGUUACCAUGAUGGAAAAAAUAUAUAUACUGUUGGUGGGAGGAGAAUGUAUCUAAUGUUGUGCAGAGAAAGAGGGCUGGCGUAUUUGGAGGGUUGUGGGAGGCAGGCACAAAACGCGGAGGGCCAUUCUGUUGUUGAGUCUCCACCUGCAAGUAUUGCCGAUUGAUGCCCUGCUGCCCUCUCUGCCCACCACCCCUUCCCCUCUGUGGAGAUUGUUUGGGCCAAAUGAGCCAUUCUUCCCCUUUUUUUACUCUGGCCCUGUGCAUUUGGGGAGGGAG